ACCAGAGAAGAAGAAGAAGAUGCAGCGGAAACAAAGAGAUUCCUGCAGGGCUCUGCGGAGAUGGAACACGGAGCGCUGCCCUGCUGAUCGAUCGACGUGAUCAGCUGAUCGAUUCGGAAGUGUGACUCCUCUGUGUCCGUGGUGGAUCCGGGCAGCCUCAUGUCGGAGGCUGCAGCAGCUGAGCGGCUGGAGGAUGAAGAUGGAGGAGGAGGAAAGGUUACCAUGGAAACACCCAACCCUCCAGUUUACUGCAUCUGCAGGAAACCAGACAUCAACUGUUUCAUGAUAGGCUGUGACAGCUGCACUGAGUGGUUUCAUGGUGAUUGUAUCGGCGUCUCAGAGAAAGCAGCCAAAGCCAUCAGAGUGUGGUACUGUCCGUCCUGCAGAGACAGAGAUCCGUCUCUGGAGAUUAAAUACCGCCUGAAGAAGACGAGGGAGAAGGAGGUGGAGUCAGAGAGAGACGACAAAACUGACGGAGAUGGAAGCUCCACCCCCCAGCUCAGGGCUGAAAGGAGGCGGGGCUCACAGAUCAAGCGUUCGGCCCGGAUGUGUGGAGAAUGUGACGCCUGUCUGAGGACGGAGGACUGCGCUCAGUGCGACUUUUGCAAAGACAUGAAGAAGUUCGGAGGUCCGAAUAAGAUCCGACAGAAGUGUCGGCUGAGGCAGUGUGAGGUCCGAGCCCGGAAGAUGCUUCGGGUACGAGACGAGGAGCUGAGUCGUGGCGGUGCCAGGGGGCGUGGCCUGUCGAGGAGUGGGGCGGGGCAUCAGACGGAGGAGGAGGAGGAGGAGGAUGACGAGGAAGGCUUCAGCGAGAGCGAGCUGGAGCUAUACGAGCAGUACAAGGCUGCUGGAUACAGAGAUCUGGUGUGGCACAGUGAGGAGGAGGAGGAGGAGUCUCUGAGGAAGAAGGCGGUGAAGGUGAAGCACGUGAAGCGACGGGACAAAAAACCAGAGAAGAAGAAGUCUGUGUCCAUCCCCCGAGAGGAAGCGAAGCUGCGGCGCCACAAGGUGAAGCAGCGCCACAGGGAGCGCGUGCGGCACAGCGAGCGAGCAGAGGGCGGGGCCAAAGAUGUGGGCGGGGCUCUGAGACAGUGUCUCGGUCCGGGGUGCGUCCAACCGGCGAGGACCAACUCCAAGUAUUGCUCAGAGGACUGUGGCAUGAAGCUCGCUGCCAAUCGUAUCUAUGAGAUCCUCCCUCAGAGGAUCCAGCAGUGGCAGCAGAGUCCCUGCGUUGCCGAGGAGAUGGGACGGAGACAGCUGGAGCGAAUCAGAAGAGAGCAGCAGGCAGCGAGACUCCGCCUCACCAUGAUGGAGAAACGAUUCCAUGAACUGGAAGGAAUCAUCUCCAAUGCCAAGCUGCAGCAGGUCCAGCAGCACGAGGAGGUGACUGAAGGAGACGGAGACGACACCGACCUCCAGAUCUUCUGUGUCUCCUGCAGUCAUCCCGUCAACCCAAAGGUGGCCCUGCGACACAUGGAGAGAUGCUACGCUAAGUACGAGAGUCAGACUUCAUUUGGCUCCAUGUAUCCGACCCGUAUAGAGGGGGCCACCCGUCUGUUCUGUGACGUCUACAACCCUCAGAGUAAGACUUACUGUAAGCGGCUGCAGGUUCUGUGUCCUGAACACUCCAGAGAUCCGAAGGUUCCGGCCGAUGAGGUGUGCGGCUGUCCUCUGGUCAAAGAUGUGUUCGAGCCGACCGGAGAGUUCUGCCGGGUCUCUAAGAGGAAGUGCAACAAGCAUUACUGCUGGGAGAAGCUGCGGAGAGCAGAGGUGGACCUGGAGCGGGUCCGAGUGUGGUAUAAGCUGGACGAGCUGUUCGAGCAGGAGAGGAACCUGAGGACGGCAAUGACCAACCGAGCUGGACUGUUGGCUCUGAUGCUGCACCAGACCAUCCAGCAUGACCCAAUCACCACUGACUUGCGUUCUGCCAAGGACCGGUAGACAGGUGGAGGACGCUACGGGUCGUAGUCAUACCUACAAUCUUUGGAGUUUGGAAUUAAGCUCAGUGUUCAAUCCUCUGAAAACAUGCAGUUCAACAGUAAGUCUGAUGAUGAAGCACUAAAUGUAGAAAACUCUACAAGGAAAACCAUCUGCAGCAUUUACAGUGAACACCAGCAGUGAUCAGGAGGUCUAGAAGGAGUCAUAGUACCACUAAUCAGGAGGUCUAGAAGGAGUCAUAGUACCACUAAUCAGGAGGUCUAGAAGGAGUCAUAGUACCACUAAUCAGGAGGUGUAGAAGGAGUCAUAGUACCACUAAUUGGGAGGUCUAGAAGGAGUCAUAGUUCCACUAAUCAGGAGGUCUAGAAGGAGUCGUAGUAUCACCAAUCAGGAGGUCUAGAAGGAGUCAUAGUUCCACCAAUCAGGAGGUCUAGAAGGAGUCGUAGUUCCACUAAUCAGGAGGUCUAGAAGGAGUCGUAGUACCACUAAUCAGGAGGUCUAGAAGGAGUCAUAGUUCCACUAAUCAGAGCUCCUAAAAUGACUCCACAGACAGUGAACUACUUUCUCCAUCCAGCUGUAAAAACAGACGGCAGCUGCUUCAGACUUGGUUCAGGGGUUCUCCAUGGAAACCAGAGUUAGUGUGAAGCUCAGACAGUGUGAAGGACCCUUCAGAACAUCAACCUCUAUGGAUGGAGGACCAGAACUAAACCUGGUUGCUGCUCAGAAAAAACUUCCAGAUGAAAGUUUGCUGAAGAACAUAAGAAGAAGCCUGAUGGAUGUUGGAGAACAUUCUUUGGUCAGAUGAAGAUCAAUGAGUUGGGCUCAGAUGGAGUCCAGAUGUUCGGUGAGAACCUGACCAGGACAACCACAGUGGAUGCAUAGUCCUGACAGUGAAGCAUGGAGGUCCAAAUUUACCUUAAAUUUCCCAGAAGGACUGGGUUGUCCCACCAGGACCUGGACAGUGUGAGUCCUGAAAUCACCAGAACCUUUGAGGUGUUCUCCAGAGACAGGUAGAGCAACACAACCCCUCCAGCACAGAGCAGCUGAAGAAAACCGAGAAGAUGUGAGCAGAAAUGAGUGGACUCUGGUUCCUCCAUGAGGAGGACUGAAGGAGGAACCAUAGAACCUCACCUUAGUUCCACUGAGUUCCUGCUGGGGAGCCGGAAUUCAACCAGUAAUCUGACAUCAGAGACAGUACUCUACUACUGAGAGGUAAUCUGAUUACUGUGAGGGAUACAGUAGAAUACUGUACUACUGAGAGGUAAUCUGAUUACUGUAAGGGGAUACAGUAGAAUACUUUACUACCGAGAAGUAAUCUGAUUACUGUGAGGGAUACAGUAGAAUACUUUACUACUGAGAGGUAAUCUGAUUACUGUGAGGGGAUACAGUAGAAUACUUUACUACUGAGAGGUAAUCUGAUUACUGUGAGGGAUACAGAGUAGAAUCAGUUACUGCUGUUGUUCACUGUAUGAAACAAUAAUUUUAUAAAACUGAGCUCGUUCUAAAUCACUCAGAGCUUUUUAUAAAACUCUAGAAAUAUUAAAAUCAGUGUUCAGUGACACAUUAUCAUUAUUAUUAUCAUUAUUUUUUAUUAUUAUUGAUAUUUUCAUUAUUAUUGUUGUUAUUAUUAUUAUUAUUAUUAUUAUUAUAAAUCAAAUCAAGUUCAGAAAACUAAAGAAUCAACAAUAAAUCACCAAUACCUGAAUAACUUCACUGAAAGCUGAGCUGGUUGUUGGGGUGGAGUCUGUCACCUGAUUGGCUCUUCCUUUGUUUAAUUAAAGCUUUCAUUAAAACACAGCUCAAACUUUUCACUCUGAUGUGUUUUUAUAUCGUGUGUUUUCCUGCUUCUUGUUGCUGAGUUCAUUAAAACUGAUGCUUUUAUUA